GAGGAAGAACAGCAGAAGCAGUGAAGGAUCAUAACCUGGGAUCUAACAAGCACAGACACUGGGCUGAGCAAGCUCCUUAGUUCUCAACAUGGUUGACCUUGGCUUCUGGCUUCACACUCCUCAGAGUGUCCUGGUGUUGACCCUGCUGUUGGAACUCACAGAUGCAUGGGAGAUGAAGGUGAUUCAGCCUGAGAAAUCAGUUUCUGUUGCUGCUGGAGACUCAGCCAUUCUGAACUGCACUGUGACCUCCCUGCUCCCUGUGGGGCCCAAGCAGUGGUUCAGGGGUGCAGGGCAGAGUCGGCACCUAAUAUAUAGUUUCACAGGAGAGAAGUUCCCCAGAGUCACAAAUGUUACAGAUACUUCAAAGAGAAACAACCUGGACUUUUCCAUCCGUAUCAGUAAUGUCACACCUGCUGACUCUGGUACAUACUACUGCGUGAAGAUCAACAGAGCAGACGCUGACAGGGAGCUUCAGUCUGGGGGAGGCACAGUGCUGUAUGUGCUUGCUAAACCAUCUCCUCCUGUGGUUUUGGGCCCUGCAUCCAGAACUGUAGGUGAGCAGACAGUGAACUACACAUGCAGGUCUCAUGGCUUCUCCCCUCAGAACAUCACAGUGAAGUGGUUCAAAAAUAGAAAUGAGCUCUCUCAUGUCCAAACUACUGUGAACCCUGAAGAAGAAAGCAACACCUACAGUGUCUUCAGCACAACCCGGGUGGUAGUAGUUGCUAAGGAUAUCUGGUCUCAGAUCAUCUGUGAGAUGGCCCAUGUCACCUUGCAAGGAGGCCCUCUCCGUGGGACUGCCAACUUGUCUGACAUCAUCAGAGUUCCACCCACCCUGGAGAUCAGCCAGCAGCCAGCAGUUGUAUGGAAUCAGAUAAAUGUCACCUGCCAAGUGAAUAAGUUCUACCCUUCGAGACUUCAGCUGAUGUGGUUUGAGAAUGGAAAAGUAUCCCGAAUAGAAAAGCCUUCUACACUCACAGUCAACAAGGAUGGAACCUACAGCUGGACCAGCUGGCUCUUGCUGAAUGUAUCUGCCCAUGAGGAGGACAUACUAUUCACCUGCAAAGUGGAGCAUGAUGGAUGGCCACCAGUCCUAAAAACCCACACUGUGGUGGCCAGUGCACAGCCGAGAGAGCAAGGUAUUAGUGCCAUGUCUGAACUGAAGACAUCAGAUACUGCUGAAAUCCUUGUAGCUCUGCUCCUUGGACCCAAACUGCUACUGGUAAUUGGUGCCUUUGCCAUCUACAUGCACAAGAAGCAGAAGGCCUGACUCUAAGUUAGGAAGGAUGGAGGGUGUAUUAAUUACUUUUCUGUUGAUGUGGUGAAAUACUGUGACUAAAAAACUUUUAAAAGGAAGGGUUUAUUUGUCCAUACUGUUCCAGAGGCAUAUAAGUCCAUCAAACCUGAGAGAUGUGGAAGCCAGAUGAGCUGAGUACCCCCAUCCUCAGUGGAAAGAAUGAAACAGAGAAUAAACGGAAGGUGAA